AUGUACCAACAUUUUUACCAAACUACACAAUUAAUAAAAAAGUUUUCAAUAUCAUCAAUUGAAUCAGUAGGAUUACUAUUAAAAUAUCGAGUAAAUUUCAUAGAACCUUAUAGUAUCGAUAUCAAUAAUAACAAUAACAAUAAUAACACAACAGUAGCUUCGUCAUCAUCAUUCAGUUUAAACAAUAGCAAUAAUAAUAAUUAUACAACAACAGUAGUACUAGCAUUCAGUUUAAAAAAUAAUUAUAGUAACAAUAAUACAACAAUAGCAGCACCGGAUCCUACAACACCAGAAUCUACAACAUUCAGUUUAAAAAAUAGUAACUAUAAUUUAAAAAGUAGUAUUAGUGAAUAUAGCAAUCUAAAUAAUAAUAGUAUCAGUUUAGCCCGAAGCGCAAGUUGUAGUAGUAUAAGCAGUUGUAAUAGUAAUGAUAUCAAUGGGAGUAGCGGUAGUAGCGGUUGCAGCAAUAAAAACAAUAAUAGCUUUUUAAUUAAUAAAAAUAAUAAAAACUUUUUAGUUUUCGAAUUUUACAAAAACAUAAACAUUUCAUAUAAAUUUUAUUUUAUUUAA